AUGUCCACAAGCCAGAUGAUGCAUCAUCUAGAGGUCCGUUCAAUCCCGGUCGAAGAAUAUGUCCUCUCUGACGUUGCCGCGUACCUGCAAACUGCACGUUUCGACAUUGUGAAGGAAGCCGAGGUCUGUACGGACGAGAUCCUCGGACUGAAGUGUCUUCACAUCACCUCCUCAUUAGGCAUUCCCCAAGGGCAUUGGCGCAACGCGACUGCGUGGAUAUUCCACAUAUCGUCUCUCAAUUCCUUGUCCUACCGACCUAAUACUUGUUCAGACCUGGGGGGAUGGAGUUCCGAAAAUACGCAGCGAGAAAAACCCAGCGUCUAUAGUAGUAGCAUUGACAACUGGGACAUCCGUCCGAGUUACCGAAAACGUGAGUGUCGUCGCGCCUGUUGA